AUGCCAGGUUUCACAUUGCGUCCACAGUCACUGGACAAUGGCUGUGCACAACAGGGUAAGAGGAGCCGAGUGCAAUCAGCACUGUGGCCGCGGGUCGGGUCGGAGAGUGCCCUUCCUGAUGGCAUGCUGCUGGGAUUCAGCAAGGGGGAGGAUGGGUACAGGACCGGAGAGCCAGGGUACAGCACCGGAGAGCCGGGGUACAUCACUGGAGAGCCAGGGUACAGCGCACCGCAUGCCACUGUAGAGCCAAUAUCGCAACGCUACGCACUGCCAGCGCCUCUGCCCUCGCAAGUCACUGCACUGGGAGGUUCCCUCCCAGGGGCAGUGAGCAGAUGCAUGUGCGGGAUGGUCCCUGACGAGAAGCACCGCAACAUACAGACGCCGGUUCUGCCCGCAGCCUCAUGUCACAGGGCUGCAUGCUGCUCCCUUGCUCCCCACACACCAGUGUCUCCCCCCUGUCUGCCUGGGCCUGCCGUCCCCCUGCCAGUGCCUCACGUGUCAUGCACCGUGGCCCCGUGUGCUCCUCCCCCCCAUGUGCCCGUGGGGAGAGGGCUGCAGGGACGAGAGCUGGCAGCCUCGCUGUCCGAGCCAGCGCUGCAGGAGUGGCGUCGGGAGCAAGACAGGACCGGGGAGGGAGGCGAUCAACUGCAGAGAGGGAUGUCACUGAAGCCACAGGCGGUGGAAACGAUGCUGCAUUCCUCCGAAGCCAUAGACGGUUCUGCGUCCCCAUCGCUUAACGCGUGGUCCCGAGAGGAGGACGCGGUGCUGCUGCGCCACGUGCUGCAGUGCGGCACGAAGCAGUGGGGCGAGCUGGAGAGGAGCGGUCAGCUCAAGAGGAGCAACAAGUCGUGCUGUAACCGUUACAUCUUCCUCCGAAGAAAGUUCCUUCACCGCUUUCAGCACCAGUUUUGGAGUGAAUUCUUCCCACGUGGCGCCGCACCCCCGAGUCACAUUUCUGUGCGGAGCCUGGCACUACAGCAGCAACAGCAGCAGGGUGGUGUGGGGUCACAUCGAUUGCGGACAGCUGUUUUGAAUUUUGGAGGGCUGUCGCUUGACGAGUGCAAGCGCGUGUUCCUCUCACCCAAUGACAGCCACUCACCUGCCGAGCCUGUGACGACCCUUGGUGCUGUUGCUGCUAGCCCUCCUGCUUCCCCGCCCUCUGCUGCUGCUGCUGCUGCGAAUGAUUAUGCUACUCUCCCCGGAGCUGCUUCUGGGUUUGAUGUUGCUUCAAUCCCCUUUGUUGCUGCUCUGUACGAUGCCGCUACUCUCCCCAUUGCUGCGACUCUCAACACUGUUGCUGCUACGUCAGAUGCCAACACCCUGCCCACUGCCACUGCUGAUGUUGCAUGUGAACCUGCUCUUGCUGUCGUGGAUGUUGCGUGUAAUCUUGCUGCUCUCUCAACUGCUGCCGUGGCCAGUGCUGCUGUCUCCAAUGCCACGGCUGCUUUCUGCAAGCUCAUGAGGGAAACGUCGCUCUGCACCCACCCUGCUGAGGUGGUGCGGGAAGAGCCGCUGUGCACCGACCCUGCUGAGGUGGUGCGGGAAGAGCCGCUGUGCACCGACCCUGCUGAGGUGGUGAGGGAAGAGACGCUGUGCACGCUCUGCACCAACCCUGCUGAGGUGGUGAGGGGAGCACGCUGCCGUGGCCGUGCCAAUGUGAUGAGGGGAGUGUUGUGCUGCUCCGACCCUGCAGCACCCAGCCUGCCAAACAAGCGACCAAGGGACGGCUUCACUGGCCCUGUUGCAGCUGCACCAGUGCCAGGCAGCACAAUGCAGCGGCCACAGUCGCUGGAGAGUGGCUGUGCACGGCAGGGGAAGAGGAGCCGCGUGCAUCCAGCACUGUGGCCUCGUGUUGGGUCGGAGAGUGCCCUUCCAGACGACGUGCUGCUGGGGGGGGCUGCAGGGACGAGGGCUGGCAGCCUCCCUGUCCGAGCCAGCGCUGCUGGAGUGGUGUCUAAAUUCGAACCCCCGGGACUCUCCCUUGCCGCCUGCCCCACCAAACGUACUGCAGCACUCUACGGCACUAACAGCAGCCUCGCCUCACACGGUCGAGUCUGCUGGAUUACGGGCCGACGAAAAGCAGUGUGGUUACCACUAUCAGCAGUAACACGGUCGCCGUCGCCGUCACCCGGUCUUAUUGUCGUCGAACGCAGGCCGGAGCAUGGCAGCAUGGCGGAGCGGAGGGAGCCACACGGCGCAGCUGCUGCGGGUGCUGGGGCGGGUGAGUGGGAGCAGGCCCCGGGAGAAGCGGAAAGAGAAGGGGGAGAUGCGCGGGGAAAGGAGCAGAGCAGUCCAUUCGACCAUUAUAGAUUAGCUGUCCCACCCAACCUCUCACCGUUCGCCAGCCCACCUCCGGCUUCCCAAGCUCCUCAUUUUGCUUCUCAAGCCGCCACCUUUUCUGCUGCUGCCACUGCUGCUUCCACCUCACAACUUCCAUUCGCCCGUGAUGCUUACCUCGUUGUUGCUGCUGCCUCCAACGCCACUUCUCUGCGCCGCCCGAUGAAGAGACCACGGGACGACUGCGCCGGGCUGGGGGGAGACCAGCCGCUGCUGGGUGGACGUGAGAGCCCGUUGAUGCGAGGCGGGGUGAUGAGAGGCGGGAUGGAGCGAGGCGGGAUGGCAUGCAGGGGGGUGGUGUGUAGCACGCAGAGCCGGCGUCAGUCAGUGGCAGAGCAGUUUCAGCAGCAGGGGGAGAGCAGCCGUGCACAUGCAGCGGACGAAGCCCUUUUGGAGGCUCUGCUGCAGGAGGGGCUUCGGCAGCAGCAGCAGCAGGGAGGAGCGAGGAGCAGGGUGCAGCGGGUGUUGUGGCCACACGUUGGGUCGGAGAGUGCCCUUCCAGACGACGUGCUGCUGGGAUUCAGCAGCGAGGAUGCUGCCCUCACGAAACGUGCUGCUCUGUCUGCUCCUCCACCCAUCCACCCACGUGCAGUGCUGCCAGCGCCAAUGCCGUCCGAACUCGCUGCUCCGCCUAGCUCUGCUCUCUGCUUUCAAAAUCCCGUCGCUUGCUGCGGGGAUUUUGCUCCCUGCUUUGGGGAUUUCUCGUUGCAGCCAGUGGACUGGCCGCCAGCUGAAGGGUUCCACGCCCAGCCAUGCUGCAGCAACCCUUCCCCACUGGUGGUGCUUUACCGGCUCUCUGCCAACCCCAUGCUGCUUCCUUGCCCCGACGUGGCCUUUACUCCGAGAGUUGAUGGUGGUGCCCCGUGUGCCACUGAUGGUCAUAGGCUCAGCCGCUCAGCAUGGAUGGGCGUGACUGACUAA